AUGCCGGACAUGCAGCCGCUCAUCAGCGACUUCGUCCUCAAGCUCAAGCGACGUAAGGUGGAGGGGUCACAUGCCGUGGCGCGGCAGACGGCGGAGCUGCUGAGGUCAGUGGUGUCGCAGCACCGGAUGGGCAGCACUAACCAAGCGGCGGCUCUCGCAGACGCCAUCCAUGCCGUCGGGGAGCAUCUCAUUGCAGCCAAUCCCAUCGAGCUCGCUGUCGGCAACACUGUGAGACGUGUUUUGCAUAUAAUAAAAGAGGAAGAUAUAUCUUUUACCGCAGUUGGUAUUGAAGGUCUUUCUGUGACUGCUGUCAGCGACGAUGAAUGUGACAGUGGAAAUGAUGACCGUCCUACCUUAUCCGCUGCUGUUCUUGCUUCCCAUGCUAGAAACGCUCUUCGGGCACCUUCAUUGCAGACUCUCCUGGAUGAUAUUCCUGUGAGCACUGCACUUUCACAUUCUUCAUCGUCAGCUGGGGAUUCAGAUGGGAAAAGUAAAUACACUGGAGAUAAGAGCUUAAAAACUCGGAAACUAAAACAUGAUGUUAUUGCUGCCAUUGGUGAUCUUAUUGAGGAGAUUGAUACAUGUUAUGACCAGAUUUCUGAGCAAGCUGUCGAACAUAUCCACCAAAAUGAGGUCAUCCUAACUCUAGGUCGUUCUAGAACCGUGAAAGAGUUCCUGUAUGCUGCAAAGGAGAAGAAGCGAUCUUUUCGUGUAUUUGUUGCUGAAGGUGCUCCAAGAUAUCAGGGACAUGUUCUUGCGAAGGAGCUGGUCGAGAAAGGUGUACAGACUACUGUUAUAACAGAUUCAGCAGUUUUUGCUAUGAUCUCCCGAGUUAACAUGGUUAUAGUUGGAGUCCAUGCAAUAAUGGCAAACGGUGGAGUCAUUGCACCAGUAGGUAUGAAUAUGGUUGCUCUUGCUGCUCAAAGGCAUGCUGUACCCUUUGUCGUGGUUGCUGGCAGUCAUAAGUUAUGUCCUUUGUAUCCGCACAACCCGGAGGUUUUACUGAACGAGCUUAAAUCACCAUCUGAUUUGCUUGACUUUGGCGAGUUCUCAAAUUGCAUGAACUUCAGUACUCAGGAUGGUACUCCUCUUCUAAAUGUUGCCAAUCCAACGUUUGACUAUGUGCCACCGAAGCUUGUCAGCCUUUUCAUCACUGAUACUGGCGGGCACAGUCCAUCAUAUAUGUACCGGCUUAUUUCGGAGUACUACUCAGCUGAUGAUUUGGUCGUACGGCAGAAGUCAACAUCUUAA